AGCUGCGUGUAGACGAGGGAGACGCCGCGGGGCCGUUCAGUUGUCGUCAGGCGGCGGCGGAGGAGAGUCGUAGAGGGACGGGCGCGUCGCUGGGCCGGGCUUGGACGAGUCGUGUGGUGCGACUCGAGUGGAGAAACUUCUUAAUUGUCUUAGCCAAAGCACUCCAAGAUGUUGACUGCUCACCUUGGUCGUUUGGGGAUCAGUGCCUCCCAGCAUGUUGUGUGCACUAAGCGAUCGCUGGCCUGGGCCAUGAGGCACAUGCAGGUCGCCAAUGCAUCCAGCAUAGAAUACAGGCCAAUCAAGUCCAUCUUGGUUGCCAACAGAGGUGAAAUUGCAAUUAGAGUCUUCAGAGCAUGUACAGAAUUAGGCAUUAGAUCAGUAGCAGUAUACAGUGAGCAGGACAAGAUGCACAUGCACCGACAAAAGGCUGACGAAUCAUACCUGAUUGGCAAAGGACUCCCACCUGUUGAGGCUUAUUUAAGCAUCCCAGAGAUUAUACGUGUUGCAAAGGAAAAUAAUGUAGAUGCCAUUCAUCCUGGAUAUGGCUUCCUCUCUGAGCGCUCAGACUUUGCCCAAGCUUGUCUUGAUAACGGUCUCAGCUUCAUUGGACCUUCCCCAGAAGUUGUCAGAAAGAUGGGUGACAAAGUGGCUGCUCGACAGACUGCCAUAAAAGCAGGUGUUCAAGUAGUCCCAGGAACUGACCAUCCAAUUGUGUCUCCUGAAGAAGCACAUGAUUUCUGUGUAAAAUAUGGCUUGCCUGUAAUGCUCAAGGCUGCUUAUGGUGGAGGAGGAAGAGGCAUGAGGGUUGUGAGGGAACUUGGUGAGGUGAAGGAAAGUUUUACACUAGCAUCCAGAGAGGCUGAAGCUGCUUUUGGGAACGGCGCUAUGUUCAUCGAGAAAUUCAUCGAAAACCCACGACAUAUUGAGCUGCAGGUUCUUGGAGACAGAGCUGGGAAUGUUGUGCACUUGUUUGAACGUGAUUGCUCAGUCCAGCGAAGGCACCAGAAGUUGGUUGAAGUGGCUCCUGCACCAAACUUGGACCAGAGAGUUCGUGAGGCUAUGGCAGCUGAUGCAGUUAAGCUGUGUAAAAGUGUUGGUUAUGAAAAUGCUGGAACUGUAGAGUUCUUAUUGGACAAUCAGGGUAAUUACUACUUCAUAGAAGUUAAUGCACGUCUGCAGGUGGAACAUACAGUUACUGAAGAAAUUACUGGGAUUGACUUGGUACAGUCUCAGAUUCGCAUAUCAGAAGGAAUGACACUUCCAGAAUUAGGCAUGAGUCAAGAAAACAUCACUGCUCAAGGUUGUGCUAUUCAGUGCCGUGUCACAACUGAAGAUCCUGCCAAAAGUUUCCGCCCAGAUACAGGCAGAUUAGAGGUCUUCCGCAGUGGUGAGGGCAUGGGAAUCCGUCUUGAUGGUGCCUCAGCUUUUGCUGGUGCCAUCAUUUCCCCCUAUUAUGAUUCGUUACUUGUCAAAGUGAUUUCUAGAGCCUCAGAUCUCCAUGCUUCUGCUGCCAAGAUGAACCGAUCCCUCCGAGAAUUUAGGAUUCGUGGAGUCAAGACAAACAUUCCAUUCCUGCUCAAUGUAUUGGAGAAUCAGAAAUUCCUGAAUGGCACAAUCGACACAACCUUCAUCGACGAGCACCCUCAGCUCUUCCAGUUCGCCCCUUCACAGAACCGAGCCCAGAAGCUCUUGAACUACCUGGGCAAUGUUCUUGUCAAUGGACCUAUGACCCCCCUCGCCACAGGUCUUCAGCCUGCUGAUGUCCAGCCUAUGGUACCUGAAGUCCCAUCUGCGGUCGAACCCCCAAGAGGCUUCCGUGAUAUCCUCCUGGCAGAAGGACCUGAAGGUUUUGCAAAGGCUGUGAGGAACCACAAGGGACUGCUUUUGAUGGACACCACGUUCAGGGAUGCGCAUCAGUCUCUCCUUGCCACCAGAGUCAGAACACAUGACCUACUGAAGAUCUCACCCUUUGUAGCACACAACUUCAACAAUCUCUACUCACUUGAGAACUGGGGUGGUGCCACCUUUGACGUGGCACUCAGGUUCCUCCACGAGUGCCCCUGGGAGCGAUUGGAGAGGAUGAGGGCGCUUAUGCCCAACAUACCCUUCCAGAUGCUCUUGAGAGGAGCCAAUGGUGUGGGCUAUACCAGCUAUCCUGACAAUGCUGUGUACAAAUUCUGUGACUUGUCUGUGAAAGCAGGAAUGGACAUCUUCAGGGUGUUUGACUCACUCAAUUAUCUCCCCAACCUUUUGCUAGGAGUUGAUGCAGUAGGCAAAGCAGGUGGUGUUGUUGAAGCAGCAAUAUCAUAUUCUGGCGAUAUAUCAGAUCCAUCUAAGACAAAGUAUACACUUGACUAUUACCUGAAUCUAGCAGAUGAAUUGGUGAGGGCUGGAACUCAUGUCCUCUGCAUCAAGGAUAUGGCUGGGCUACUGAAACCAAGAGCAGCCAAGAUGCUUAUAUCAGCCCUUCGAGAUCGUCACCCAGAUGUACCUAUUCAUGUGCACACUCAUGACACAUCAGGCAAAGGCGUGGCCUCAAUGCUCCAGUGUGCUUAUGCGGGAGCUGAUGCUGUUGAUGUGGCAGUCGAUUCCAUGUCUGGAAUGACCUCACAGCCUUCCAUGGGUGCAGUGGUUGCCAGUCUGAUGGGAGACGAGUUGGACACAGGCAUGAAUCUCGGAGAUAUCAGCCAGUACUCUGCUUACUGGGAACAAGCAAGGACACUCUAUGCUCCAUUCGAGUGUGCUGUGACCAUGAAGUCCGGCAAUGCUGAUGUGUACUUGAAUGAGAUCCCUGGUGGACAGUACACAAACCUUCAGUUCCAGGCUUACUCACUUGGACUGGGAGACCAGUUUGAGGCUGUGAAGAAGGCUUAUCGCGAGGCAAAUCUUCUCAUGGGAGAUUUGAUUAAGGUGACACCAUCAUCAAAGGUAGUUGGUGAUUUAGCUCAGUUCAUGGUUCAAAACAAGCUGUCUGCUGCUGAUGUGGAGGCAAAUGCUGAGAACCUGAGUUUCCCCAAGUCUGUGAUAGAGUUCUUCCAAGGCUAUUUGGGUGAACCUUAUGGAGGCUUCCCUGAGCCUCUCCGCAGCAAGAUCCUCAAAGGAUUGCCAACAGUGGAUGGAAGACCAGGAGAGUCAAUGGCACCGAUGAAUUUCCAAGACAUGAAAACCAAACUUGUGGAAGAACAUGGUCCUCGCAUCUCAGAUUAUGAUGUCCUCAGCUCUGCCAUGUACCCACAGGUGACAGAUGAAUAUCUUCGGUUCCGUGAAAAGUAUGGCCCAGUGGACAAGUUGGAUACUCGUAUCUUCUUAACAGGCCCUAAGGUUGGAGAGGAGUUUGAAGUGGAAAUUGAAAAGGGUAAGACUUUGCAUAUCAAGACCCUGGCCAUGGCAGAAGACCUUACUCCUAAUGGAGAACGUGAGGUCUUCUUUGAGUUGAAUGGACAGCUGAGAUCUGUCAUGGUCCGUGACCAGACUGCUGUCAAGGAGCUGCACAUUCAUCCCAAAGUAAAUGCAAGCAUAAAGGGCCAAGUGGGAGCUCCGAUGCCUGGUACUGUUAUUGACAUUAAAGUGAAGGAAGGAGAUGAAGUGAAGAAGGGAGCCUCCAUGGUAGUACUAUCUGCGAUGAAGAUGGAGAUGGUCGUCCAGAGUCCAUGUGAUGGUGUCGUUGAGUCAAUAGCUGUCACCAAAGACAUGAAACUGGAGGGCGAUGAUCUAGUGCUGACAGUAACUCCCAAAUGAAGAGCUGUGUAAAAUCAUGAACUCUUUUCACCAAUGUGUCUGGGUCAAUGGUAACUCUGUUCUUGGAUUUGAUUUGAUUUAUUUAUUUUGUUUUUUUCUUUUAUUUAAUUAAAGAUUCUGAAUGUAUAAGUAUCAUAUGGCAAUAGAAUGACUUUUUGUCAUGUUUCCUGCAUUCAUAUGUGGUUCUUUCUGACAAGCAAAGCAGGCCAUGAUCAGGAAAAUUUCCAUAUGGUAGAAGUUGUGCAUGAAACCAACCAUGUAUCCAGUUUUUGAAAGGUUGAAAGGGAAGGCAUGUAGAAAGGUCCAUGGAAAAUUGUCUCUAACUUAAAAUGUAUUUCGUAAGGAAAACAAGGAAGAGGGUUUGAGAUUUCUGUACAAAGUUCAGAUUCAAUAUUUUACAAAAGAGAAGAAAAAAGUUCAGUACAGCUAACUUUUAAAAAUGUAGGGUAAAUAACAUUGGUCACAGCAGACCAUUUGUAGAAUAGAAGAACAGUAUUAUGAAAUGAGUUGUAACGUAUAGUUUCUGUAAAUCAUAUUUUCUUCUUUUUUCUUUCCUCUCUCAGACAUUUUUCCCUCAUUUUUGGUAUUACAAUUGUACAAGGAGGCAUGUUACACUGAUUAUCCCAGGGACCAACCCACAUUCAAACACAAGUAGGAUAGAAAGAUCUUAGAAAGCAGUCUGUUAAGUUGAAUUGGAUUUAUAUUCUUUUUUUAAACACUAAAUGAAGGAAAGGCUGAAUUAAGAAAUAGAUAUAAUGCUUUUUCGAAAAAUAUAUUAGAUUUUCUGAGAAUUCUAUAUAUAAAAAUUUGUAUUUGAAUUUGGGAAACUUUGUAGAGGGAGAAAAAUUUAUUUUGAAGGGAUGUGACAAUCUUUGUUGCAUGUGUAUUUUCACAUGAAAGAUUUAGUGUUAUACGUAUUACCAGUGUGGAGAGAAAGGGAUAUUUUCACACA